AUAAUAGUCAAACCUUUUUGAAAACAAUUUAAUAACCAAACCGUUAACUUUCCGUUCGGUCAACUGUUAGUACCGUUAGCUGACUCUAACGUGGCAAAAUCUUAAUGAGGUGGAAAAUUUAUGAUGACGGGACAAGAAAUUAAACUUUUAACAUUCCACAUGAAUAUUAAUAAUUUACAUAAUAAUCCAUUUUUUUGGAAAAAAAUAUAAUUAAAAUCAAAGAACCCUAUCCUCCAAGCCCAAGUUGUAAGCUCUCAAUCCUCCAUCGCAAUCCAUGCUCCCUCGCGCAAUCCUUCAACCCUAGUUAGCAUCAACAACCACAAAAUUGAAAAAUCAUCAACUCUCAUCGUCCCAGCACCAACAGACAAUCCUCUCGAAAGAGAAAGUUUUUCUCCAAUCUCCUUCUACCUUCCUGUCCGAGGAAUUCAAUUGAAGCAAAACUAGUUGAGAUUACAUAGGGGAAUAGGUAGUAGAAGAUCACCAAUGGAGGAUGGACAGGGCUUGUGGCAGUGAGUUGGCUUCUUGGCGGAGGAGAACCCAAUAAUCUUCUUCUUCGUUCAGACACCAAAACCUAGCAAUUGCAAACCGAACACCGGACAUCCGAACUCCAGAUCGUCGAGGAAAUAGAGGAAUCACAGUCUCAUCGUAGUUGUCCACUCCUCGUCUUCGAGUCUCGCCGUACUCCUCAAUCGCCCAUGAAAAAUCCAGAUUCUCUGAGAUGUCCGAUCGAUCGACUGGGUGCAGGGAUGAUGGAUGAUGGAUGAAGAUGAACUGUCCCAACAAACAAAUAUAUAUUGGAUCAAUUUUGUUUUCUUAAUUUAAUUUAUAUUUUCAAAUAUAAAAAAAUUGUUUUAGUAGAAUGGUGGAAUAUCUAUAUGGCAAGGUUAAAUAAUUGACUUCAUGUCACAUCAUAAAGAUGCUUCCAUUUUAUUUAAUACUUUGCCUAGUUUUGCUAUCCUUAUUUAAGGAGUGAAAUACCCUCUCGGAGAUUAUACAUGCAAAGUCAGCAGUAGGAUAUUUUAUGUUAAAAACUUAAAAUAGUGAUUCAACCUCAUCAUACCGCUAAAUACCGUCUAUUAGCCUCCGAUAGAAAAAAAUUCUAGUAGAACCGUCGAUAUCCUCCGAGCUUUUAUUUUUUCAAUGGCUUCUUUAACAAUUAGCAUUAGACCUAUUUAGAAGGAGUAUACAACUGGAAGCUUUGUGCUUUUGCAGACAACAACGCCGGCGAGACGGGCGAAAUGCCACCGAAAUCCCCGCCACUGUCAGCCCCUCAGAAUUUCUACUUCUAUUACGGCCACCGGAAGCCCUCUCAGAACCGCCCUGUAGUCCGAGGCGGCGUCUUUACCAACCGCAAAGCUUUGAGACUUCCCACUUCCCCUACAAAACCUCCCCAAAACCCCUUUCCCCCUUCCUACCCAUUUGAUCUCAGAAAAUGGGACCCUCAAGACCCAUCACUGUCGGCCAGGACUCCUCCAUCGCAGGGCCACUCACUGGCAAUUUCCCAGCGCCUUUCUCCAAUCGCCCGCUUUGUACUCGACGCCUUCCGGAAGAAUGGCAACCACUGGGGUCCUCCAGUGGUAGCUGAGCUCUGCAAGCUCCGUCGUCUCACGCCGGAUCUUGUGGCGGAGGUUUUGAAGAUCGAGAGUAACCCUCAUUCGGCGACGAAAUUCUUCCACUGGGCUGGUAAGCAAAAGGGCUACCAGCACAAUUUCGCUUCCUAUAAUGCUUUUGCUUAUUGCUUGAAUCGAACUAGCUUUUUUCGCGCUGCGGAUCAGCUCCCCGAGUUGAUGCAAUCGCAAGGGAAACAGCCGAGCGAGAAGCAGUUCGAGAUUUUGAUUAGAAUGCAUUCGGAUGCCAAUAGGGGACUUAGGGUACACUAUGUAUAUCAAAAGAUGAAGAAAUUUGGGGUGAAACCUCGUGUUUUCUUGUAUAACAGGAUAUUGGAGGCAUUGAUGAAAACUGGUCAUUUUGAUUUGGCCUUGUCAGUUUACGAGGAUUUCAGGAGUGAUGGGCUGGUUGAGGAGAGUGUAACUUACAUGAUUCUGAUUAAGGGUCUCUGCAAGGCUGGAAGAAUAGUCGAGAUGAAAGAGGUCUUGAGCAGAAUGAGGAACGAUUUGUGCAAACCAGAUGUAUUUGCCUAUACUGCAAUGGUUAGAGUAUUGAUUGGGGAAGGGAAUUUGGAAGGAUGUUUGCAGGUUUGGGAUGAUAUGAAGGCUGAUGGUGUGGAACCUGAUGUUAUGGCCUAUGCAACGGUGGUGACUGGUUUGUCUAAAGGAGGGAUGGUGCACAAGGGGUAUGAAUUGUUUAAAGAGAUGAAGGAGAAGGGCUUUUUGAUUGACCGAGGAAUUUAUGGUGUUUUGAUUGAUUCAUUUGUGGCGGAUGGUAAGGUUGGUGCAGCUUGUGAUCUGUUGAAGGAUUUGGUUGACUCGGGGUAUAGGGCUGAUUUGGGAAUCUAUAACUCGCUUAUCGUAGGUCUAUGUGAUGUAAAACGGGUGGAUAAGGCUUUUAAGCUAUUCCAGGUCACAGUACAGGAGGAUCUUGAACCGGAUUUCAGAACAGUGAAUCCCAUGCUGGUUGCCUUUGCGUUGAUGAAAAAGAUGGAUGAUUUUUACAAGCUUCUGUUCCUUAUGGAGAGACUAUCAUUUCCGGUUCUCGAUGAUCUAUCCAAAUUCUUCUCGUUUAUGGUUGAGAAAGAAGAAAGAACAAUGUUGACCUUGGAAGUUUUCCAGGAUCUAAAGGCUAGAGGAUAUAUUAGUGUUCAAAUCUACAAUGUCCUUAUGGAGGCCCUUCUGAAGGUUGGGGAGAUAAAGCAGGCAUUAUCUCUAUUUGGUGAACUGGAGGAUAUGAACUUUGAACCGGAUUCAAACUGUUACAGCAUUGCAAUUUCGUGUUUGGUCGAAGAUGACAAGAUCCAGGAAGCCUGUGACUGUCACAAUAAAAUAAUUGAGAUGUCUUCUGUACCUACUGUUACUGCAUAUAGUUCUCUAGCUAAAGGGCUAUGUAGCAUUGGAGAGAUUGAUGCAGCUAUGAUGUUAGUUCGUGAUUGUCUUGGGAAUGUCAGUAAUGGACCCAUGGACUUUAAGUACAGUCUCGUGAUUCUUCACGCAUGUAGAUCAUCUGGCAAAGCAGGAAGAGUGAUUGAAGUCGUAAAUGAAAUAAUGGAGGAGGGUUGCCCUCCCAAUGAAGUUAUAUGCUCAGCAAUUAUCUCUGGUAUGUGCAAGCAUGGUACAUUGGAAGAGGCAAGAAAGGUGUUUACAAGCUUACGAGAGCGCAGGAUUCUAACAGAAGCGAAAGUAAUUGUCUAUGAUGAAAUUCUAAUUGAUCAUAUGAAAAAGAAGGCAGCAGACUUGGUGCUGUCGGGUUUGAAGUUUUUCGGUUUGGAGUCCAAGCUGAAGGCAAAAGGGAGUACGCUUCUAUCUAGUUGAGCAGGCAGGUGGAUCUUGUCCUUCCUUCAUUGGACUGGUCUGACGCAUAUAUAAUCUAGACAAAUGACUGUUGAAUGUGUAGUUGGAUUGACUAUACAUUCUUGAAUGUCGGCUAUGUAUGUGAAACAGGAUAUUGAUCUUAUUGAUGUACAUAUGUAAGAUCUUGAAGAAUGCUAACACCCCAUCGUUACUGCUCUGGCACAUUGUAACGAUCUUGCUAGCAUCUGUGUGAUUUGUCAACAGCUGUGAUCCCUUCGUCAAUUACCUCUACGAUAUUGUGCAAUGUAAGUAGUUAAAAAUUUGUCCUUGUUUCUUAAUUAGGGAUCAUUUGGAUGUUUGAUUUGAAAAGUGAUGGAUUGUAUCAACUCCAUGGACUUCAGUGAUGCAUUGCAUAAUGCCUGUUGUCAGUGUGAUAGAAACCCAAUUUUUGGUAUCUAUCAUAAUUAUCAUAAUUACUAUUUAUUAGGAUAUUAUUAUAUAUGUUAGUAGUCAUCGAGUCGUAAUAGGAUAGUCUAUUAGGUUUAUCCAGUCUUUAGCUAUAAAUAUGUAUUUUGGGUUUUUUGUUCAAUUAAGCAGAAAUCAGUUAAAGAAUUAUCUUCCCAAACCCUAAGCUCUCUCUAUUCCCUAAUUUCUCUUCUCGCCUAGUCCAAGGCUUCGGCCGAUUCUUUAUUCUGUUCUUCCUCUCUUAAUUCCAAUCUCAAUCCCUAAUUCUGUUCGUAUAAACCCUAAUUCAAUUCCCAAAUAUCAAAUAUGAUAGACCCUGUUUUAUCACAGUGUUUGUCCUGUUAGCAUGAAAUCUGCAUCCUUUGGCAGGACUGAUAUGAACCAGACAACUAUUAAAAGCAAUUUUCGGUCGAUCAACUGUGUUAUCGGUUACAUGAUAGCAACUGAUUAUUGUUCAAUGAUAGCAAUCCGGCUUCCUUUCAAACGACUGACAGAGCUGCCCUCUAAUUUCUGCAGUAACAUGGCAAGCUGUUGCCCGAGGAGCAAGAAGCUGUCCGACACCAACAAAUUGGGGUGUGUAAC